ACUUAUGACUUCAUUGUGCCAUCAAUCAGUGUUACACAGUACAGCCAAACAAAAGUCUUAAUCCAGCUCCACGGGUGGUGAGCACCAGCACAGGGACUAUAUAGCACAAAUGAGAAGAGGAAAAUUUAAGGAGCCAAGCGAUCGACAUUAUGCCCAGCAAUUGAUAAGCCAAUCUAAUGAAUGCUUCUAACCCAUGGUUAUGACACACUGACCCGAUCUGCCGUUAUCUCGACCCUUCGAGCCCCACGCUGGGCACCAAAAAGGACUCUCGUGGUUUGAACUCUGUCAAAGCCAACCACCACGCAGCCGCUCGCUCCCCUCCCCCUGUUGGGGGAAUGGGGGAAGAGAGUGGAGGGACGCAAGGAAAACUCGUAAAUUGAGAUUAAAAAAACCCCACUUCAGUGAUUGUAGCAAAACAAAAUAACAACAAUGGAAAGUACAAAUGGGUAACGCACAAGGCGACUGCUCACCACCCACCAACCAACAGUCCGCUCCUGGCCAGCGAUCCUGACAGAUUGAAGAUCAGUGGGGCUGUGCUCCCUUCCAGCUGGAGAAAACUAACUCUAUCCCAGCUGAAAUCAGGAAACUCUUGUAGCAGAUUAAAGCUAUGCUGGGAGUGUGGGAAAGAACUGGACACGGGCGAGCCAGUGCUUCAGGUGACUGCAAAGGCGAGAUGGGGCAGUCUGGAGUGUUUCUGUCGGGAUCAAAGCAGAAGGUCCGGGGUCCGUGACGGGGUGUGUGAACCCUGGGGUGAGCCGGGGGGUACAGGAAGGUUCUGACAGGACAUGAUGGGGGCCUGGGGGCACCCCGAGAGGAGCCAUGGCCCUGUGGUGAGCUGGGUCCCUCCCCCACCCCCGCAGUAGAACCCCUGCCCCACCCGGCCUUUGUGACCACCUUUGUGACAUCGCUCUGUGUCUCCCCCGGCACCGUAUCUAAGCAGUGCAGCAGUGUCUGACAACAUUGGGGAGGGACAGGGCAGGAGUGCAGCGAGGAGACUCCUGAGCACAGCCCACGUCUUUUGCCCUCGCUCCCUACAGCUUAACACCCUGCACUAUCCCUCAACCAUUUCUGAGGAUGGCAGAGAGACCCCCCAGCAGCCCCAGGGUGGUUUGGGAGGAGGUGGGGGCCCCCCAGGAGAGCAGCUCUGUGCCGGAGCCCUGCGAGGUGUCCACGGUCCAGCGGCUGUGGAUCGACGAGAAGCUGCCAGAGGCGAUUCCAGAGGCAGUGGGAUGGGAUCCUGAGAGCACCUGGUUGCUCUCUUCACUCGAGAGCAGCGACAUGGGAACGGUGGUUGGCAAAUACCUCCAGCCUUCUCAGAAUAUAGGCGUUCUCCUCGCAGCCAUCGAGGCCUUGCCGGCAGAUGAUGUCCAAGACAGGCAGAUGGCCAGUGACGUCGUGAACAUGGCCGUGAGGGACCCCGCGUCCUGGCUGAUGGAUGUGCCAAAAAUUAUGAGAUACAUCCACAAAAAUGUGGAGCACAUCCUUACGGAGCCAGCCUGGAACAGCCUGGACUCGCUGCUGCUGCUGCUGACAGAGUGGAGCCCCAGGGAGGUGGUCAGGAGCCUUCUGAGGAUCUCUCCAACGUGUGACAGGGCGGCCAUGGCCAUGUGGGACGUGCUUAUCUCCGAGCGCUGGGCUCUGCGGAGAGUCGUGUCGGAGCUUGUUGAUGUGCUGCAGGACCGGCGGCUGCGCAGGGUGUUCAGCUUCGCUGUGGAAGAUGCCUGCAUCUACCCAUUGGCUCUGCUGGCCAGCGCUGACCUGGACGACAAGGAGUUUGCUGCCCUCUACAAAGCCCAGAGGUACCUGAGGCGUCCCAGCCUGGUGAUGCUCUCGCUGGUUGUCACGGGCCUCGUGACACUCUCAAAAGCACCCAAAAUGGCCAGGAAAAUGCUGGUAAUGCUGCCCGACAUCAUAGAGAACCUGCUGGCAGCCAACACCAAUGUCAGGAUGAAGGUCCUGAUGCUCUUCAUCAACGUGAUUCAACACAUGACGAGGGAAGAGGCCGACCUCAUUGCUCUGAGACUGGUGGAGAAGCUCCUGCUCCUCUUCGAUGAUGAGUCCAGCCGGGUGCGGGAGCUCUCCAUCCGCCUCUUCAAAGACGUGAUGAAGACCGCGGUGGGGAGAAACAUCAAAAAAAUGGUGAAGAAAGUGCAGGGUGUGCUGCUCCAACUGUUCUUCCACACCAACGAGAAGGUGGAGAGCGUGGCCAAGGCUUCCUGGGACACCCUCCGCGCCUGUGCAGUGUUCCUGGGCUGGAGGAGGCUCAGCUUCCUGGCUGAGACAGAGCAGAAACACCAGAUCAGAGAGUUCUUGAUAACCCAGAAGAGGAACAGUGUGGACGAGUAUCUGCUCCAGAGCCUGCCCUACUUGAAGGACCCUCAGGCCACCGUGCGAGAGGAGGCCGUCAGGUUCAUCGGUCUUGCUGCGCGGCACCAGAGGAUCCUCAGGCGAGAGAAGCUGUGGGAGUUCUGCCACAGUGCCCUCCAGUCCUUGGGGAAUGACGCUGAAUUCUCAAUCAGGUCCCUGGCAGCUCAGACCGUCCUCAUCCUGACAGUUAUAAAGCAGAAGCCAAGGUCAAGAUGGAGAUGCUGCACCUGAUGAGCCUUGGAGUGGUGCCAUUCUCGGGGAAAUGGCGUACUUCAAUAAAUCUUUUUUUUAAAUCAAGCUGGAGCA